GAUAAAUUAGAACUUAACAAUACCCAAGAAACUUUGCGCGUUACUGAGGCAUGGAAUAUAAGUAAUGAUUCAAAUUCAGAAGAUUCUGUUAAAAAUUCUCAGGAUAGAUAUACUUCUGAUUCAGAUAUGGCAACAAUUUCAGAAUUAGCUGAUGCUAUAGAUGACUAUUUAAACAUUCCAGGAACGAAUAGGGAAAUUCUAAAAAAUCAAAUAAAAAGAGCUACAGGAGAGAUUCCAGAGUGGGAUUUGCAACAAACCGAUUUAGAUAAUGCCCUGAAUGAUCUUAAUUUGAUGACAACGGCAUAUAACAAUGAAAGAAAUACACGUAAAGAAGAUAUACAUGAAUUUUUCACACAAUUAAGAGCAGAAAUAGAAGGAAGAGGAAUUGAUGUUGCAGAUGCAGUUGGUGGACCUCCAACUGGAAGGGAUCAUGCAAAAGGAAUAUUACGUGGAUCACAAGGUACAAUACAAUUAGUAGUCGGACAUACUGUAGUACAAUUGGACGCACAAGCACUUCGAGAAGCAAAUGGUCGUGCUGGUACAGAUAUUAUUCCAUUGAGAGCAACAUAUGAUCCUUGGAAUGAAGAUUGGAGUAUUGCAGAUGAACGUCCAACUAAUGAUGCAGUUAAUACACAUAAUGCUAAUAACAGUACUCCAGUUGUUGUAGUGGGAAUAAGAUUUGAUCAAGCUGUAUGGUUGAUAAAGGAAAAAUCUCCUACAGUCGAAGAAGAAAUGCAAGCGUUACAAUAUGGAACAUUAACACAAGGAGAUAGUACUAUAGAAGAAUUUGCUACACCUGAAUGGUUAGAAAAAGCUGAAGAUAUAGGUAAGGAUAUGACUUUUAACGAAUUGUCUAAAAAACUUACAAAGAUUGAAUUAAUCAGAAUGGCUAGAGCAAAAAGAAAUAAUAUUAAAUCUCGAGAAUCGAAACAGAUAUCUUCAAAAUCUACAGCAUCUUCAAAUAUAGUUUCACAAUUACCAUCUCAAGACUUUCAAAAAAUGUUUCAGGACGAAUUAGCAAAACGAGAUGCCAAAUAUGAGGCUGAUAUAGCAAAACGGGAUGCUGAAAUGAAAAAAUUGAAAGCUGAUUUUGAUACAAAAAUGAGCCAAUAA